CGAUAAUCAACGGUAAGUGUCACUCAUGGGUGUAUGUAAAGAUGUUAAGAAUCUUCGUGUCGCGCGAACCGUUACAGUGUGCCCGAUUCCUGCGGCGGACUGGUUCGCAGAUGUUCGGUAAAAGCGGCGCGGGAGCUGGCGGCGCACAGUUAGCGCCCUGAAGCCGCGCCAGCCACACGCGACAUGCUACCCAUCGUUCUUGCGAGCGUCCUCGCCGCCGCGGUCGCCGCGCCCGCCACCUACGACCAGCGGCAGGACGGCGACUUCAACGUUCGCGCAGACGUCCAGAAUGUCGUCCUCCUCAUCGCUGUGCCCCAGAAGAUGAUACCGAGCGGCCUGCUCGACGGUUUUCUGAAGCGAUCGAAACAGCGCACCAACGAGGACAUCCAGGAGCGAGCCGACGUCCAGAUAAUGGACGCCUUCGUAGAGCCCAACACGCCUUAUCAGGUUGAAAUCGGUCCGGGAAGCGAGAGAUCGGCGAGCGGCGACGGGCGUGCCGUGGAGGUGGUAAUCGCCGGCCGCCGGCGGCUGGAGGCGGAGCCGCAGGAGCGGGACGAGUACAAGCUGCUGGGCGCCACGGAGCAGUGCGGCCCGGGCCGAGAGCGCGACCCCGACACACUUACCUGCCGCGACCGUGCCGACGCUGACGACGCUGACGCUGACGACGAUGCCGUCGAGACCGACAAAACUCCAGAAGUUGUUUCUGUCUCGUAGUGCAUUGUACACUGCGAUUGUUAAGCCUAUUUAUUAAUU